CUCUCAAAAUUCUCCUACGAGGACCACGUCAGUCAAAUUUUCACGCAGUUUAGCUGCUGUUCCGAGACUUUUUCGACUACAAAUAACCAGUAAGGACGAUCUUCACAAGCUAAAGUACUUUUCUACACACCUCUAGUUUAGAUUGUGAGUGAAUUAGGAAAAAUGCAGAAAUUGCAUGGGAAAUUAUGUGCAAUUGCCUGCAUUGUGCUGGGUAUCCUGGCUGCCAAUGGGGUGAGUGGAGCCGCCGUGAUGUCAGUGGAUUUCGGGUGUGAGUGGAUGAAGGUGGCUGUGGUUUCGCCGGGAGUGCCAAUGGAGAUUGCUCUAAACAAGGAAUCCAAGAGGAAAACAGCCUCAAUGGUGGCCUUUCGAGAUGGCAUCCGGAUCUUUGGUGAAGAUGCCCAGAACAUCGGAGUGCGCUUCCCACAGAACAGCUACGGCUAUUUCCUGGAUCUCCUGGGGAAGAGCAUUGAUAAUCCCGUGGUGGAGCUGUACAGAAAACGCUUUCCCUACUAUAAAAUUGAGGCGGAUCCCAAGAGGAAUACCGUGGUAUUUCGAGUGGGAGAUGACGUAUUCAGCGUGGAGGAACUCGUGGCACAACUGCUGCAGAAGGCGAAGGAAUUUGCCGAAUCCACAGCUGAACAGAAGAUCACAGAGUGUGUCAUCGUGACUCCCGGAUACUUUGGUCAGGCUGAGAGGGCGGCUCUUAUAGCGGCUGCAAGUCUGGCUAAUUUGAAAGUUCUGCAGCUGAUGAACGACUACACGGCCGUAGGAUUGAACUACGGUGUUUUCCGAAAGAAUCAGAUCAACGAAACGGCUCAGUAUUAUGUGUUCUACGAUAUGGGAGCCUACAAGACCUCAGCGGCGGUAGUGAGUUUCCAAUUGGUGAAAGACAAGACCACAAGGGAGACGAAUCCAGUGAUCUCUGUUCUGGGUGUUGGCUACGAUCGCACAUUGGGCGGACUGGAGAUGCAAUUAAGGCUGCGCGAUCACCUCGCCAGGGAGUUCAAUAAGAUGAAAAAGACCAAAACGGAUGUUUUCACAAAUCCUCGUGCCUUGGCAAAACUGUUCAAGGAAGCGGGACGCGUGAAAAAUGUCCUGAGUGCCAAUGCAAACCAUUAUGCGCAGAUUGAGGCCCUCCUUGAUGACCAAGAUUUCAAAGUGCAAGUGACAAGAGAACAAUUCGAGGGACUCUGUACGGAUCUGUUUGAACGUGUUCCACACGUUAUCAACCGCGCUCUUACGGCUUCAGGGCUCUCCAUGGAUGUGGUGACUCAGGUGAUUCUCUUUGGUGGCGGAACUCGUGUGCCUAAGGUGCAGGAGAUCCUUAAGAAUACUAUAAAGCAAGAUCUGGGCAAGAACCUCAACUCUGACGAGGCCGCCGCAAUGGGGGCGGUAUACCGGGCAGCGGACUUGGCCACUGGAUUCCGUGUACAGAAGUUCUUGACGAAAGACGCCGUGGUGCUGCCCAUUCAGGUGGUGUUUGAGCGCGAAGGUGACAGUGGAAGCAUGAAGCAAGUUAAGAGAACUCUCUUCGGCCCGAUGAAUCCUUAUCCACAGAAGAAAGUCAUCACAUUCAAUAAGCACACGUCAGACUUCACAUUUGACGUCAACUACUCGGAGUUGGAUCAUCUGGAUAAGGGAGAAAUCCCCUUUUUGGGUUCCUUGAACUUGUCACGCGUGGCACUCAGUCAAGUUGGUGAGACUCUGAAGGAGCAUCUGGUGGAAAAUGUGGAAUCCAAGGGAAUAAAAGCCCACUUCGCUAUGGAUGACUCAGGAAUCUUUGCCUUGUCCGGAGUGGAGUUAGUGUAUGAGAAGUCAGUGACGGAGGCAGCUGAGGAGGAUGAUGAGAGUCCUCUGUCCAAGCUGGGUAGCACCAUCAGUAAACUGUUCUCCAGUGAAAAGAGCGAAAAGGAGGAGACCCAGAAAGAAGACUCUGAUAAGGAGGAGACCACUUCUGAAACCCAAUCAGAGGAAUCGAAGCCUGUCAAUGAGACCCAGGAAAUUCCCGCGACCAGUGAGAGUGCGCAGGAAAAGACGGAGCCCAAGGAUGAAGAAGCUCAAGCACAAAAUAAGACUGAGAAACCAAGAAUUGUGACUGUAAAGCAGGCAAUUCCCUCAGAUGUUACCUAUCUCUUCACUCAGCCACUUACCGAGGACCUUUAUCAGGAGUCCAAGAAGAAGAUUGACGCGCUGGACGAAUUGGAAAGACAGAGAACUCGCCGGGAGACCGCUUUAAAUGCCCUUGAGAGUUUUGUCAUCGAGGCCAAUCAACGCAUGGAUCAGAACGAAUACUCCAGUUGUGCAUUGCCGGAGGAGAUUGAGAAGAUCCAGAAGUCCUGUGCUGAAACAUCUGACUGGUUGUACGAGGAUGGCAGUGAUGCCGAUGCCAAGACGUAUGAAGAGAAAUUGAAGGAGUUGAAGAAGCUGACAAAUGACGUUUACGCCAGACAUUGGGAGCACACAGAGCGUCCGGAGGCGCUUAAGGCACUCAAGGGUAUGCUGGAUGGUGCUGAGAAGUUCCUCAAGAGUGCCAGGAACCUCACGAAGGAUGCCAAUGCGGAGAAAGAUGUCUUUACAGCUGUGGAGAUUGAAACGUUGGAGAAGGCAAUUCGAGAGACUGCGGAGUGGCGUCAGGCGGAGGAGCAGGAGCAGAAGAAGCUUGCGCGGAAUGACGCUAUUCGGCUCACGGUGAAGUCCAUUGCGGAUAAGAUGGCCCUCCUGGACAGAGAGGUGAAGUAUCUCGUGAAUAAGCUCAAAAUCUGGAAGCCAAAGCUCAAGGAGAAGAAGGCAAAGAGUAACGAGACGGAGAAAAAGGAGAGUGAGGAGGAGGAAGUGAUUGCUGAGGAGGAACAGACGGGCAAGGAUGAGGAUGGACCGCAAAUUGAGGAGCCUGAAGUGCCCGUGGAUGAUGGGGAGAAGUCUGAGCCUCCGCAUGGCGAGCUGUAAGUUCGCGACUGUCCACGGAGAAGUUCCAGCACAAUUUCUUAGUUCUUGUGAUCAGGGCUCGUUUUACCAACCGUUUCCCCGGACCUUUUGCGGUGCGUGACUACAUUCUUUGAUUUGUACAUUGACCAGGAGGAUGCUGAAGAUCGAUUUUUUGAAUCCCCCACACGUUAGAAUCCAUUCCGUCACUACCAACAACUUUUUUUUCGCAUAGGGAGAGAGUGUCUACAGCGGGAUGCACCCGUGACGUGGGAGGCCAAUAGAGGGCGAUUUAUUUAUUGCAAAAAAGAAAAAUGGAUAAAUUAAUUUGUAAAUGAGACUAAAGAGAAAGAGAAAAAAAAACUUCAUGCGAUUGA